AGCCUAGCCGGUCAAAUUUCCGAAAAUUUAUAACAACAGAUAUAAAUUCUUAUUAAUGGCAAAAAGAAAGAAAUCAAGGUUGAGGAAAUCGUAUUGGAACGUGCGUUUACGCGGUCAUGUUCACAUUUUGGGUAUUUGUGGGCUCUCGAUCCCAGCAGCCUGCACCAAAAGAGUGGUUUUUCUAAACCCAAGACCGUAAUGUUGCCUAAUCGGCACAAUCAACUUGUUGCCGAUAAAAUCAUAAAAUACGUAUGUAUUAACAUCUGACAUAGAAAUGACAAAGCGGGAAAAAAUGCAAAGCAAAACUAAAAGAAAAAUAAAGGUCUUGGAAUCUUGAUAAAUUUAAUUUUUGUUAAUAAUCGUCGUUUUUGUCGUUUUCUCGUCUGAAUUGGUCGUACCCAGUCCGAAUCGCACAGAAGCAGCGCGCGGUUUACAAUAUGGCGGCGAAAUCUUGAGUUGAAAGGAAUUGACUGUCAUCUAUUAAACAAUGUCAUAUGGUGAAGGUUACCCUUAUGGGACGACCAACAACUUUGCAACAACGUAUACUCCUGCUGAACAGUCUCAGAAUCAAUACAACAUGCCACCAUAUAACCCAUAUAUGGCUCCUCCCCAACAAAAUACUGCUAGCCAAUAUUAUCCCUACAAUACAGCUUAUGGAAAUUCCUCAUACAACACAUAUGGACAACAAGAAUCCCAAGGUGGCAGCCCAUACCCGCCAAAUGGUCCGUAUGCGCAGCAGCCCCCCACAACUACACAAGGCGGUCAAUCUUAUCAUUCAGAUGGAUUGAGACCCCCUUUAAAUCAACCUUAUAACCAAGCACCCCCACCUACUUUUAAUCAAGUAUCCCCACCUACUUUUAAUCAAGUACCCCCACAACAUAAUGAACCAGCACCCUUACCCUCAUAUAAUCAAGUCCCACCCCCUUCCAAUACUGAGAACAUGCUUUCACAUCAGGUGCCAUUUCAACAGCAGGGCCCUACCCACCAACAAGGACCGUGUCAAUCUAUCUACACAGAGGGCCAAACUAACCCUCAGCAAGGGGUUUCCUAUCCCCAACUAAAACCCUACCAAGGUCAACAAGGUCCAUCCUACCCCACACAAGACAAUGCACAGGGGGUGGGCCAGUUUCCUCAGACAUCAAACUACCAACCAUCAUACAGUCCAACUAUAGGCCCUCAGAGACCACCAAAGCGACCACACAUGCCACAGAAAUUUCAAACGAGUUUCAAACAGGCUAAAAAGUCGGUUGCCCUGCCUCCGCAAACCCUAACUUCAAUGCAACCCCUUCAAGGGGGGAAAUCUGCUGUGAGCACGGUACACGACCUUGCUCGUCAAAACGGAUGGACUGCAAAUUGGUUUGAAGAAUCGGAAACGGGCCCGGCUCAUGCUAAGAUGUUUACCAUGAAGGUGACAAUGGGACCUUACGAGGUUAGCGGAAGUGGUCGAUCAAAAAAACUUGCAAAACAGGACGCGGCACAGUUGCUUGUAGCUCAAGCGUCUGGUAACGAGGUAGCAGAUAUUCUGGGACUGCCAGGAUUUACCGCAGUCAAUACAAGUCGAUCUGGAAACACUUCAGAAGAUUAUGGACCACAGCUACCCCAAAAUACGGACGAGAAAACUAGCCCGGUAUCCGUGCAGUCCGACGGUGGGGAUAAUCCGAUAUCAUUGUUGGAACACGUAGCGAGAAAACACAAGUUAGGGGAACCACAAUAUAUUUCGGUGUGUGAGAAUGGACCACUAGCCCUGCAGAGAUUUGAUAUCAAGGUGAAAGUGAAUAACAUGGAGGCCUCUGGUCUAGGACGGUCAAAGAAGGUUGCUAAACGAAAUGCUGCCCAGGCCAUGUUAGAUCAACUGUCAAAAAUAAAAACCGGCAUUCAACCGCCGAAGAAGAGAAUUAUGUUUGUGAAAGCAUCGAGUGAUGCUAAUAACACAACAUACGAGAGUUAGACAUCAGGUUUACAUAUUAAGGAUCGUGGGUUCUUUGCAUAGUGUGAACACCAGUUUCUGACUAUUUUGUAGAGAGUUGCAGCAGUGGUAAAAUAACUAGUCAUUUUGUGACUGUCAGAGAGUGUCAUGUUGUAUGAUAGAAAAAAAAAUUAUUCAAUCA